GGGUCAGCUAACUCAUUCUCUCUCUCUCUCUCUGUUCCGGACGCUAGGCUUCCGGAUGUCUCUCGGGCGUUCCCGAUAGAUCUUGAUCGGUUAGGGAUUCGAUAGAUCUUUUGUCGAUUCCGAUCUGUGCGAGAACGAGGAUUCUCGAUUCUAUCGAGGUCUCGAUGAUCGGCUCUGGCUGCCAGUUGUUGGGUUCGAAUCGAUGAGGAUUUGAUUCUGAUGAUUGAUUCGUUAGCGGGAAUUGAAUUGAAGAGCGCCGAUUGAUCGAUCGAUCGCCCCACCUCGAGCCAGGGUUUGUUCGCUGGAGAUGGAGCAGGAGAGCCAGAAGAGGGAGGCUGAGGAGACCGAGUUCCAAACCCCCAACAUGCCAACUCUCUGCGCCAACAACUGCGGCUUCUUCGGAAGCCCGGCGACCAAUAAUCUCUGCUCGAAAUGCUAUAAAGACUGCUUCUUGAGCAAGUCCAAGGCUUCGAUCGAGACUUCGGUGGUGCCGCCUUCGGCGGAGGCGAAGAAGGCAGAGGAGAAGCCCCUGGGAGGCAAUGGUGAGGCCAAAGUUGGGAGCUUUGCGGAGGAAGGGGCUUCAUCGGGAGAAUCGCCGGCGAAGGAGACCCCGAAUCGGUGCAGCUUCUGCAACAAGAGGGUCGGGCUGAUGGGGUUCAAGUGCCGCUGUGGGGAGUUAUUCUGCUCGCUUCACCGAUACUCCGAUAAGCACAAUUGCGCCUUUGAUUAUAGGGGAGCUGGCCAGGAUGCGAUUGCCAAGGCGAACCCGGUCGUGAAGGCCGACAAGGUCGAGAAGAUCUGACGGUAGAGCAGCCAGCCGUGGAACACUGGUAUGUCCCUGGAAAAUUUAUGGUGAUGUCUCUGGAGAAUAAGUGUUUAGGUCCGUUCUCUCUCUCUAUUUGAUUGCAUUUGUUGCUGGGGUUUGUACAGUUUGGUUCUAUCUAGGAGUUGGAUUGGGAGCUCUUGGUUACAUAAUUUAAAGCUAUAUGUGUUCAACUCGAUCAUAUAUAUGUUUAGGUGUUAUGAUUUAUGCAAUUUGUUUGAUGGUUUGAUGUGA